AUGGUGAACCGGACUCUGGUGGUCCCUCCCUGGAUUGUGUAUAACCAUCACCGCCAGCCAUUCAGUAAUACUCACGUUCCGUAUGAGGAGUUCUUCCAGUUGGCUCCCCUGCAGAAGUAUCACCGAGUGAUGAGCAUGGAGGACUUCAUGGAGAAACUGGCCCCCAGACACUGGCCGGCGGACAAGCGUGUGGCCUAUUGCUUCACAGCGGCUGCCAAGAGGAGCUCCGACCAGCAGUCCUGUCCAAUGAAGGAUGGCAACCCAUUUGGUCCAUUCUGGGAUCACUUUCACAUCGAUUUCAUCCGCUCCGAGCUGUUUGACGGAAUUAACUUCAGUGCUUAUUACAAAGAUGCCUGGAUGAGCAGGUAUCCUUCCUCUACACACCCGGUUCUGGCCCUCCCCGGGGCCCCUGCCCAGUUCCCCGUCCUGGAAGAACACAGAGGGUUGCAGAAAUACAUGGUAUGGUCCAAAAAGAUUGUUGAAGAGGGAGACAUGCACAUCCGGAAGUUACUCGUUAGACCCUUUGUGGGUGUCCAUCUGAGGAUCGGAUCGGAUUGGGUAAAUGCUUGUAAGAUGGUGAGUGACGGCACGGCCGGUCCGCAUUUCAUGGCCUCUCCGCAGUGCGUCGGCUACGACCGCCUAAAGGCCACGCCCCUCACCGUGAGCAUGUGUCUCCCGGACCUCAGAGAGAUCAAACGUGCCGUGAGCCAAUGGGUGAAGAGGACAAAAUCCCGAUCCGUCUACGUGGCCACCGACUCCACCUCCCACACCGCCGAGUUACAGAAAGCCCUGGGGAAGGAGGUGAAAGUGGUCAGCCUCCAGCCGGACGUAGCCCAGAUCGACCUCUACAUCCUGGGCCAGAGCGAACAUUUCAUCGGGAACUGCGUUUCGUCCUUCACCGCCUUCGUGAAGCGGGAGCGGGACCUACAGGGAAAGCCGUCCUCGUUCUUUGGGAUGGACUCGCCUGGCAGGAAGCAGGAUGAGUUGUGA